AUGGAUGUAAAAAGCGAAGAGAAUCAAGAAAAACCUGUUAAUUCUUUGGAGAAGGUAGUCGAAGGAUGCCGCAUUAAUGUGAAAAUGAUUUCGCAAAAUGAAUGGAGGCAAGCUGAAAUAAUAACACGCGGAAGAGGUCCAAAUGAUACAAUUCGUUUUUAUGUGCAUUACAUUGAUUGUAACAGGAGACUGGACGAAUGGGUAACAUCGGAUUUACUUGACUUGAGUACUUUAAAAAUGCCUCAAAAAGGUUCAAAGAAAGGACAUUCGCAUCACGAUAAUCCAGACGGCGACGUUUCGAAGAAAGCUUCGGCUGCAAACCGAAAACGCAAGAUCCCUCUUUUGCCUGCAGAAGAACCGAAAAAUGAAGCCGAAACUACGGCAACAGCUACUAGUAGUGGAAGCGCUCCAAGUCUUCGAGGCUCAAUGUCAAUGGUUGGUCAUUCUGAAGACGCAAUGACACGGAUUCGAAAUGUCGAGGCGAUCGAACUUGGUAGAUAUCGCAUUCAGCCUUGGUACUUCUCGCCUUACCCGCAACAACUAACACACCUUGAUUGCAUUUUUAUUUGCGAAUUUUGCUUAAAAUAUAUGAAAAGCAAAACCUGUUUGAAGAGACAUAUGCAAAAAUGCACACUCUGUCAUCCUCCCGGAAAUCAAAUAUACAGUUACGACAAACAUUCAUUUUUUGAAAUUGAUGGAAGAAAAAACAAGGUAUAUGCUCAAAAUCUUUGUCUUAUCGCAAAACUUUUCCUGGAUCACAAGACUCUUUACUAUGAUACGGACCCUUUCUUAUUUUACGUGCUUACUGAGGAAGAUGAAAAGGGGCAUCAUAUUGUUGGUUAUUUCUCAAAGGAAAAAGAGUCCGCCGAAGAAUACAAUGUUGCAUGUAUUCUUGUUCUCCCUCCGUUCCAAAAAAAAGGUUAUGGAAGCCUUUUAAUUGAAUUCAGUUAUGAGUUAUCCAAACUUGAAAUGAAAACUGGAUCACCUGAAAAGCCACUGUCUGACUUGGGAUUGCUUUCCUAUCGUUCAUAUUGGUCAAUGGCGAUCAUGAAGGAAUUGUUCCAAUUUAAGAACCGGACAAACGGAGAACGAGAAAUCACAGUCCAAGAUUUGUCUGCAGCUACUGCCAUUAAACGAGAAGACGUUGUGUCAACUCUUCAACAACUCGACCUGUACAAAUACUAUAAAGGACAGUAUGUGAUUGUAAUCAGUGACGAGAAACGCGCCGUAUAUGAGAAGCGUAUCGAAGAUUCGAAGAAAAAGUUACGUAUUAAUCCGAAUGCCCUACAAUGGAGACCGAAAGAAUUUGGUAAAAAACGAACUCAGUCGAUUUUUUAA